AUGGGACCAGAUGAGCGCAAGCUCCGCACGGCGAAUCUGCUGACUCUGUCUUCGGUUCGGAAAAUGCUGGAUGAUCUGAUGAUGAAGUGCUUGGAGAAAGAGAACCUGCCAGGAGCUGUCACGGUGAAGGAGGCAAAUCGCAUGAUGUUCCAGUGCAUCUUGUCUGGCCUGCCCCGAAGCUGCCGCUACUUGGCGAAGAGGCUCCCCUUCGAGCCAACCAAGCCCCUCACUGAGGAGGACGCAGACAUCAUCUACUCGAAGGACCUCGUGAGGGAACGAAGGUCUUCCCAGAAGUCAAAGCUCUCCGUGUUUCGCCUUACUGGCUUCGACAGGCAUCAGUGGACACAUGCGCAAGGUCGGAACGCCGUGCAGCUCGCUGUCUGGAUGGGGGAUUCAGAUCUGUUGCAGAGCCUUUUCCCAGCCUCCGAGCCCAUCGAUGCCUUGGGGCGGACAAUUCUGGACUACGUCCGGGCUCCCGGAUCUCCGGUGCUGAAGCUGGCGCCGCCGAAGUCUCGAGUGCCGCGGCCGCGGCCUGGUCCGGAGACGCUGCACUGCGACGGCGAGGAGGUAUCCGCGACAUAUCUGGGAUGGACAGAAACGUCUGACUGGCCACAUUACGAAGCCUGUGACUUCGAAGUGGUGGAUGCUCUCAACGAGGCUGACCUCAAGUCGAAGUUCCUCGACAUGGGCCGCCCGGUGCUUGUGCGCAACUUCGCGGCCCUUGAGGACCGAUGCUCUCUGGCCAAGCAUCGAGUGAUGAAGGUGCACAGGUCCUCUCGCUUCAAGCUGGGACCGAUUGCCUACCCUCAGCUCAUUGGCGCGCUGCCCUGCGAGAAGACUUUCACUGUGGAAGAAGCAGAGAAGGGGGCUCGGUGCUUCAGGCAUGGCAACACCUCCAACUACUAUGCUUCUCAUUCACCAGGCAUCUUCCAGAAGGAGCUGACAGAGAUGGGGACGGUUGCCAAGAUCCACAAGCUGAUUCCAGGCAUCAACCACAUGUCCAAACAGUACUUCUGGGGUGGUGACCGCAGCGGUGCUGCGCUCCACUACCAUGUCGCUGCCUUCAAUGUCCUUUUUGCUGGAGAGAAGGAAUGGUAUGUGACGCCCCCAUACCUCGCGGCUAGAUCUGGCAUCGCGACAUACGAGCUUUUCGACAGGUCAGGGAUUUCUAUGGACCACGUCUUCCGGUGUCUCGCCCG